AGUAGCAAAAGUGAAACGCCACUUCUUGCACCAAGCAGGAUCGCGACAACAUUUUCUUGAAGAAAUUAUUUGCAUAUCAGAACCUGUAAAUUCAGUUCCAUACAUAGCGGCAUGAGCAAGCCAUUAGCGAGUUAUUCACGUGAAACCCGUUUGAAAUGUCGACACGGUUUCUACCUUAAAGUGACAGAGAGUGGAGUUGAGGGAACCCGGGACAGUGACGAUCGUUACACUACUCUCACUAUGGAGUCGGUUAAGACAGCUGAAGUGAUGCUGAGAGGAAACGUAUCAGGAAAUUACAUCGCGAUGAACACCAAGGGAGAGUUGUACAGUACAACAAUCAAGCCCCAGCCAUUGUGAGGAACGGCAAUUUG